AUGGUGGCGCCGCUAUUUCAGGUCACAACAUGGGACAAGACGGCUGUCGACCGGGCUCCCUACAUCUUCAUGAGCACACUGGCAGCUAUUGGCGACUCGCCCCCAGCAACUUAUAUCUUUCAGAGCUCAGACUUGAGCCUUGUCUACGCCGAGCCAGCGGCGGCCGACGGAUCUGUCGGCAGCACCACCGCCAAUGUUCGCACGCAGAAGUUGAAUGACGAGACGUAUCUCACCUACUGGCGAGGACCCAAUGUUGGCGGCAACAGCAGUCGUGGGUGUGGCUUUUACAACCAGCAGUACGAGCUGGUUUACGAUGUCAACCCGGUAGGCCUAGCUCCGGAGGUCGUGCUCGACAUUCACGAGUGUCAAGUGACCCAAGACAACACUGUUCUUAUCAGCAUCUAUGCGGCUAGGCCCAUUGACGCGAGGCCAGUUGGCGGCCCUGCAGAUGGGCUCCUGAUCGACAGCUUAUUCCAGGAAAUCGACCCGGUCACCAACGAGUUGCUUUUCACGUGGGCCGCGAUCGAUCAUUUCGUUAUCACUGACAGCCACGUCCCGUACGAGGUCAUCACCACGAGCGGCGCAACUGGUUGGGAUUGGUCUCACUUAAACAGUGUCGAAAAGACGGCUGAUGGCAACUACCUUGUCAGCUUCCGCCACCUGAGCACAGUCUCAUUGCACAACGGCACGACGGGCGCCACUAUCUGGGCACUCGGUGGCAAGGCAAACCAGUUCGCUGACCUGUCGGGCGGCAAUGCCACAAACUUUGCCUGGCAGCACGACGCGCGGUUCCGUUCCGCCGACCUUCGUCUGCUCAGCCUCUUCGACAACCAAGGUGACAAUAACCAGAUCGGAUGCACGGGUGUCAGCUGUUCUCGCGGCCUGCUCCUCGACCUCGACUUCGAGGCCGUGACAGCACGGGUGGAACGCGAGUACCGAUACCCAAUAGGCCUCGUGUCCGACGCCAUGGGCAGCUACGGCGUGCUGGACAACGGCAACGUGCUCGUCGGCUGGGGUCUCAACCCGGCCAUUACGGAGUACCACAGCGAUACUGGCGAGUGCGUCUUCGACGUGCAGUUUGCGCCGUGGCCCGCGAAUGAGAAUGAUUUCACCAAUGCUAACUAUCGUGUGUUCAAGGGCGACUGGAUGGCGUACCCAGCAUGGCCUCCGGCUGCCGUGGUGGAGGAUGGAGUGCUCUACGUCAGUUGGAACGGAGCCACUGAGGUGUCCCACUGGGCUAUCUACACGGCGGCGGACGGCGAGUUGUCUGACAGUCUUCAGCUGGAUCUGGUCGCGCCAAAAGAUGGCUUCGAAACAUCUAUUGCAGUGAAGAAGAAGACGCGGUACGUCCAGGCAAAGGCCUUGAACAGGGACAGACAGGCGAUUCCCGGUGGCAGCAGUGCUGUAAUCGAGUUGUAG